AUGCUUCUGCUUCGGAUUACCCAACGCACGGUUCCGUUGAAACGUGACUAUUUAUACGAGAACUUGGGGAGAGCGCUUCGCUUUCUAGAGAAGCAACCAGGUUUGCCCGUUGCGCUGAGCGGCGUCACUGCUGUGGACGCCGCCGUGUGGUGCGCGAGCGACGCCACCGUGCGGAAACUGAACGCCAAGUAUCGCCAACAAAGCCGGGUUACCGACGUGCUUGCUUUCGGCUUUGCAAAGCCGCCUCAGUAUGUCGACCAAAGUCGCGGAGGUAUCACCGUCGCUGAUCUGGGAACUGUGGUAAUCGCGACGCCGUUUCUGUACAGGCGGUAUCGACGCGUCCUCUCCCGGGGGUGUUGUUCUGAAAUGUUUGAUGUACAUGUACUGAAGACAGCCGUUCACGGUCUUUGCCAUCUAUUCGGAUAUUGCGAUGAAACGGAAGAGCAGUCGAAAAUCAUGACUGAAAUUGAACAGCGGGUCCACGAAGCGUUGGGCAUCGCUGGGACGUGUUCCGCUCCUGUGUGA